AUGGAAGCUGUAUUCGGAUUGGACGCACAGGAGGCGCAACUCAUGCUGCAAGUACACAAUGAACAUCGAGAAUACCGAAGCAAGUGUGAGGAAACGGACAUAGUGCCAGCGGAGGAAUUAUUACAGCCUCUUGAGUGGGACGAUGAACUGGCGGCUGCCGCUCAAAUGUGGUCCGAAAACUGUGAUGUUCACGACAAGAAACCGACCAGAAAAGUUGGUUUAUUUGACUACGUGGGUCAAAACAUCGCUGUUCAAUCCGAGUUGGCAGGAGCUGUUACUUAUUGGAUGAAAGAAUCGGACCACUAUGACCACAAUUCAGACCACUGUGAACCACCGCAUCAAUGCGACAGUUACAAGCAG